AUGUUCAAGGCAGUAUUUUUCGAUAUUGGUGGGGUAUGCGUGCACAGCCCUUUGGAAGGCAUCCGCAAGUUUGAACGGGAACGAGGCAUCCCAGAAAACUAUCUCAACGUCGCCAUCCAAUCCCGUGGCGAAGGGGGAGCAUUUCAGAAACUUGAGCGUGGAGAGCUCCCACUAUCCGACUUCUAUCCCAUCUUUGGACAGGAAUGUUCUGACCCAGGGAACAAGCAAGCAUAUGUGGAAUAUCUGAAGAGCAAAGGAAAACCGAUCCCAACCAUACCGGAUGUAACGGUAGACGGCAAAGAGCUGUUUACCUUCAUGAUGCAAGAGGCCUCUAAAACAGAUCCCAUUGUUAUCAACGCCAUUCGCAAAUUGCGAGAAAGCGGCCGCUUCAAAAUCGCAGCUUUAACCAAUAACUUUCAAAUACACGGAGCUGAAGAGGAGGCAACAUUUGGCAAACCCCCUCCAGAGCUGGUUCAAUUGUUUCAUGAAUACAUUGAAUCUAGUGUAGUUGGAUUGCGAAAGCCAGACCCGGAGAUCUUUCGGUAUGCGUGCACGAAGAUGGGUGUUGAGCCCAAACAUGCAAUCCUAUUGGAUGAUAUCGGACCUAACCUGAAAUCAGCGCGAGAAGUCGGCCUGGCAACUAUCCGCGUCGUUGUAGGCAACUCGGUAGAAGCAAUCAAACAACUAGAGUCCCUGACCGGCAUCCCCCUCCUCGACUUAGAAAAAAAACCCCUCAUCACAGGAUCAACCAUGCUGUACAUCGCCCCGAACAAUGACAUUCUUGAGUCAUGCACGGAAAUAUCGCAUUUGGUAGUGGAUGAUGCGAAGACGUUGUCCCCUCAUCAGGAGAUUGAGAUUCCGGAGUUCAAGGUUGUGGAUCAAAAGAUGUUGAAUAAGCACAUUCAUGAACUCUUUCCCAAGAGUGAAAGCACCAGUUCUCAUGCACAGGAGCUGUCAGACGAAGCCUACCUUCAACGCCACAAAAAGCACGAGUAUCUCGAGAAACGGAUGCGAAAUCGCGAAAAAGAAUACGUCCGGCAUCAACUCUACAAACGUCGGAUGCUGGAUACUGGAUCUUCCGUUCCAUCGAAAGCACCUCCUAAAGCGGCAGCUCCUUUACCACGAUUAAAAAGCGCCUAUAUACUACAACCACCGGCGCAACUUGGAGGAAACCUACAGACGCAACAGAGCGAGGCGAGAAAGGGGACACGAAAGCCUCCGUUUAGGACAGUGGGAGCGACACAAGGACGGAGAAGUUUGCGCCUGUCAAUGCCGUUUGGAUAUCCUAUUCCUGUUAUGAGAAAGCGGUCAUUUGAGCGGUCUGAGAAGUUAUUGGGAAUAUUGAAGGAGCGAGGAGUGGCGGUCAGCCAGUGA